AUGGACUACACUACAAAGGAUAUCGUCAACGCCUUCAAGUCCGAACGAUUGGAAUUCCUUAAAGCAGACAAAUCAGAUACAAGACUACAACCACUCGCCUUAGAAAUCCUUCAAGAUCCCGUCAUCCAGGCCCUCGUUGCACCUACAAUCCUACAUCCCAAGGGCCAAAAGGAGUGCGACUCAUAUAUCCAAUCUGUCUGCGACUCCCUCCUAGGCGUCGUCAUCUUUAUUCGUGAUGAUAACGAUACAUUGCAACCGAUCGGGAUAAUGUGCAUCGGCUGGGGCGGCAUCUCACCCUCGGUCAUGCACCACCGCAAUGCUGAAAUCGGCAUUACAAUCUUGAAGGAGCACCAAGGAAAAGGGUACGGGAGGGAAGCUAUUAAUUGGAUGCUGGACUGGGGCUUUAAGCAUGCUGGCUUGCACACUAUUGGUAUCACAACGGCUUCCUACAAUCCAAGGGCUGUUCAUUUGUAUGAGAGUAUGGGAUUUGUACUGGAGGGUAGGAGAAGGCAAACCAUCUGGCAGAAUCGUGGAUGGCAUGAUUUGAUUGAGCUUGGGAUGACAGAGAAGGAGUGGGAGGCUUUACGAGGCUUGACACCCAUGGAUACUUAA